AAACUGGCGGCCUUUAAAAGAGCCAACGGUCUUUUUGAACGCGUCGAAGUGCAUUUAAAUCGCACGAUCACGCCUGGCGCUUCUCACCGCGCUUUCGUUGAGCUUGACGAAAAGUUUGGGUAGAGAAUCGGCGUACCGUUGUCCAUUGAUGAGAGUUCGAAAGAAAAACAAGUUUUUUAUUGUGUGCUGUUCCAUCGUGAUCCUUUGGUCGCGCGUCGACGCGUCAACAUAGCCAUCCUCAACUCUAGAAUCAACGCGUGCUAUUUUUUUUACGUUCUCACGUCGCCUCACGUUAUGUCGAAUCUGCGAUUUAUGAAGGAGCUGAACAAUUUAACACGCAUGGAUGAAUCUAUUAAAGGCCCGAUGCCGCGAUGGCAAAAGAAAUGCACAGAGACCUCGAACUCCAGUAUUAAUGUUUCCACGACAAGUUUGAACUCGUCGAGGAAAGUUACAAACUGCUCCUUCACGAGUAGCGCAUCGGGGAAAAGCUCGACAAAUAAGAACGACAGUCGGAAAACCCCUUCCAAAGGCACUAAGAAGUCUCCAAGCCGUACUACUCCCGCUAAGACGCCCAAUGGUGGUGACAGAUUCAUUCCUUCCAGAGCCACGACAAAUUUUGACCUGAGUCACUAUAAGAUUCUUCAGCAACAGAAUGCAGAUCAGAAUGCAGACAAGCAGCAGAUCAGCCCUUCGAAACGAGAGAUGCAGCGCCUUCUGGGUGAAAAUCUUCAUGGUGGAGAUAUAAAUAACACGAGGGUUCUGUCUUAUCAGAUUAAAGCACCAGCGCCCCCAGAAGGAUAUCAAAAUCCCCUUAAGGUCCUGUACAGUCAAACAAAAACGCCGGGUAGCGUCAGGGCGACCACAAGGUAUAUACCGCAAGCUCCUGAGAGGAUAUUAGACGCACCAGAGAUUAUUGACGAUUAUUACUUAAACUUGGUGGAUUGGUCGAGCAGUAAUAUCCUGGCCGUAGCACUAGGUGCUAAUGUCUAUUUAUGGAAUGCUGGCUCGGGAACCAUAGAACAGUUGUUUGAACUGGAGGGGAAUGAUUAUGUGUGCUCUGUCGGAUGGAUUCAGGAAGGCCCAUAUUUGGCGGUGGGUACUACGGUAGGAAACACAGAGCUGUGGGACUGCAGUCAGAUGAAGAGGAUGCGCGUUAUGAAUGGGCAUUCGGCUAGAGUCGGCUCUUUAUCCUGGAAUGUCCAUGUAUUGUCAAGCGGAUGCAGGUCAGGCAAAAUAGUGCAUCACGACGUCAGACAGCGAGAUCACAUAAUUUCGUCCGUAAACGCACAUGCUCAAGAGAUAUGCGGGUUAAAAUGGUCGCCCGAUGGACAGUAUUUAGCCAGCGGUGGUAACGACAAUAUGUUGCACAUUUGGCCAUCGAUGGCCGGACAAAACUCGCAUACGCAUGCUCUUCAUUCCUUCAACCAACAUCAAGCUGCUGUGAAAGCUCUCGCGUGGUGUCCCUGGCAGAAUAAUGUACUUGCGAGCGGUGGCGGUACUGCUGACCGGACUAUCAGAUUUUGGAACUGCAACACAGGUGCUUGUUUGAAUUCGAUAGACACGAAGUCUCAGGUCUGCGCCUUAUUGUGGUCCACAAACUACAAGGAAAUCGUCUCUGGGCACGGAUACGCGCAGAACCAGUUGACAAUCUGGAAAUACCCAUUAAUGACAAAGGUCGCCGAUCUCACAGGGCAUAGUAGCCGCGUUCUACAUUUGGCAAUGUCCCCGGAUGGAACGACGGUACUCAGCGCCGGUGCCGACGAAACGUUACGGCUGUGGAAGUGCUUCCAAAUGGACCCACGCAAAAAGAAAGAAGCUAGCGAUAUAAAAUCGGCGGUCACGUCGAAACUCGCGCACACAAUCCGAUAAAAUAUCAAACGUUCAUUUAUUUUCAGUAACGGACUAUGUGCGAACAGCAUGUAAUAUAAGUAGACAAUAUGACGAUGAUAUUUACAUUGUUGACUGACCUGUUUCAUGCAGAAACAAAGCGAAGGACUUCACAUCAGGGAGUACCAGUACAAAACACGGGGUACCAUUGGAAAAAUCAAAUUAAACGCGUUAUCGUUAUUAUCAUUGGUUUCAGCAAUGCAUACUUGCCGUUGUAGCAUAAGUAUCCAAAUUGUAUUACAUGGACAUUCGGAUCCUGUCCAUUUCUGGAAUAAUAAUUAUAUACAGAAAUAUAAAUAAAUUUUUUUUAUACUAAA